UCGACAGUACAUGCAUUUCGUGAAGACCGACUUAGCUUCGAUCCUCUGCAGUUCUUUUGGAAUUCGCUCUUCCAGCCAGUAGCCUAUAGUUGAUUCAACUUUCAAUUUACAAGUUCUGGGUUUUGAAGGGAAUCGUAAUAGUUUCACCAGUGACAAUGUCUCAACACAAGUCGAAGAGAGCGAAAACAGAGGAAAACCAGGGGGCAAACGAAUUCUUCCCAGGUAUCAACAAGAUUAAAUACAAACCUGAUGCAAAGCCAACUGAUUUACUCUGCUACAAACACUACAAUGCAGACGAGGAGAUCCUCGGCAAGACCAUGGCAGAGUGGCUCAGGUUCUCGGUCUGUUACUGGCACACCUUCAGGGGUGUAGGUCUGGACCCCUUUGGAGGACCAACCAUAACUAGAGAGUGGGAUGAUGGUAGUGAAAGCUUAGAGAAUGCCAAGAGGAGGCUGAGGGUAGCUUUUGAGUUCUUCACCAAGCUAGGCAUUAAAUACUGGUCGUUCCAUGACAGAGAUGUUGCUCCAGAGGGCGCCACCAUAGAAGAGUCGAACCGUAAUCUCGAUGAGAUCGUUGAUCUAGCUCUGGAACUCCAGAACAAAACAGGAGUCAAGCUUCUAUGGAACACUUGUAACCUUUUCUCUCACAAGAGGUACAUGAAUGGCGGUGCUACUAACCCUGAUGCUCAUGUUGUAGCCUACGCAGCAGCAGCUGUGAAGAAAGGACUAGAGGUUGGCAAGAAACUGGGAGGAGUAAACUUUGUUUUCUGGGGAGGACGAGAGGGCUACCAGAGCCUGCUCAAUACUGACCUACAGGGGGAGCUCUCCCACAUGGCAAACUUCUUCAAGAUGGCCAUUAAGUACAAGAAUGAGAUUGGAUUCACUGGUCAGCUUUUGAUAGAACCCAAACCCAAAGAACCAACCAGGCAUCAGUAUGAUUACGAUGCAAUGACAGUGAUUGGUUUCUUGGAGCACUUUAAUCUACAGAAUGAUUUCAAAUUGAACAUCGAACCAAACCAUACCAUGUUAGCUGGACAUGCGUAUGAGCAUGACAUCGUUAUGGCUUCUGCUCUUCGUAUGCUAGGCUCGAUUGAUGCUAACACUGGAUCCCCUGACCUUGGCUGGGAUACCGAUCAGUUCCCCAUGGAUAUCAGAGGAGCUACGGCUAUCUGCAAGUGCAUUAUUGACCAGGGCGGGGUAGCACCAGGCGGUCUCAACUUUGAUGCCAAGGUCCGACGUGAGUCCACAGACUUGGCGGACAUGUUCUACGCUCACAUCGGGGCUAUGGAUUCCUUUGCCAGAGGUCUGCGCAAUGCUGCCAAGAUCAUUUCUGAGGGGCACCUCCAGAAGAUGGUAGAGGAUCGUUAUUCCAGCUUCACCCAUGGUAUUGGACUGAAAAUAGCAGAAGGCACGGCUACCCUCCAGGAUUGUGAGGCAUUCAUCAAGAAAGCUGGAGAGCCUGCCGUCACCUCUGGCCAACAGGAGAAAUACGAGUCACUUGUUAACCGUUACGUUUAAAUAUAAUCCUAGCUCUUCUUAUUCAGGGAAAAUGGUGUCUUAUUGUAUUAACAAAACUUGCGUGUUGAUUUCAUAAGCCAUCCAGGGCCCUGCAUGUCCCAUAAUGAAUUUUGAUUGAUUGUAUCUCACCCAAUAUUAAUUGUAUGUUAAAUUAUGACUUUUCAGUAAUUGAUAACUUGCAAUUAAUAUGAGACACUUGUCAACCGUUACAUUUAGAUAUAAAACUAGUUCUUCAUAUUCAGGGAAAAGGUGUUUUAUUGUAAGAAAAUUUGGUUGAUGUCGUAAACCAUCCAGGGCCCUCUACCAUAAUGAAUUUUGAUUGAUUGUAUCUCCCCCAUUAUUAAUCUCCUUCACCAAAUUGUAACUUUUCAGUAAUUGAUAACCGUUACAAUUAAUAAAAGACGCUUGUUGACCUUUACGUUUAGAUAUAAUUCUAGCUCUUUGUAUUCAGGGAAAAAUUAUUGUAACAAAACUUUGCUAAUGUGAUAAUCAUUCAGGCCCUGUAUCCUAAUGAAUUUUGCUUGAUCGUAUCUCACCUCAUUAUUAAUUGUAUCUCCUUCAACCAACUAAAACUUUUCUGUAAUUGGUAACUCUCAAUUAAUAUGAGUCACUUAAUUGUCAACUGUUAUGUUUAAAUAUAAACCUCCUUGUAUUCAGGGAAAAGGUUUUUUAUUGUAAGUGUAAGAAAAGUUGGUUGAUGUCAUAAACCAUUCAGGACCCUGUAUCAUAAUGAAUUUUGAUUGAUUGUAUCUCCCCCAUUAUUAAUUGUAUCUCCAUCAACCAAUUGUAACUUUUCAGUAAAAAGUGACUAACCAGUACAAUUAAUUUGUAUGUUACAGAAAUGUAUAAUGCAUGGUAAGAUACAAUCAAAUGCAGCAAGAUUGGACAUACUUUAGAUUUUCAUGAUUCAUUUUCAACAUUUACAUUAAAUUAAAAAAAUGAAACUCAAAAGUCAAUUUUUACAUAGUGUGUGCACUUCAACAUGCAUGAUCGAAAAAGAAUUUUGAUCAUUAUUUUUACAUCAUUUAUCAUCAAGUGUCCAGUGAAAAUGUCAAAAUUGAAAUCAUGUAUGUCUGAUGAUAAACGUGCCUAGCAGUGGUACAGAAAAUGGUUGAUAUUAGUCAAUUUUUAUAUCCUCAAAGACUUUUAUAUAUAUUUUUGUAUGCGAUUUGUAUUCAUUUUAUAUGAAUCAAUCUCUUUUACUUCAAUUCCUUCCAUUAUCUUGUUGGGAAAUAUGGGAAGUGUCUUUUGACCAAUAUAGUUCUUCUUUUCUUGUUUCAUUAUUCAUUAUAAAAUCUAUUAGAUUGGGAUGAAGAUCCAGAACAGCAAAGCAUUGUAAAUGUAAUGUGCAGUAGUAUUGUGUGUGAAUUAUUUGAACAUUUUUUUUUUCUUCUAAAUUUGUAAUGUGGAUUUAAUUAGUCUGCAUGGUUCCAGAACAGAUAUGUCUUCAAAACAUUUGAAACCUCCUUUAUCUUGCCUUUCACAACUCAAAUCAAAUUAUUUUUCUAUUCUUGAUCCUUUGUCUAUGCAACCCAGAGAAAAUAUAUAUGUAUACUGGUACAUGUAUUUCAAAUGCAGCUGUGAUAUGAUACCACAAUUUGAACAUUUAAAAAUGUAUUUUUAUAAUAUGCACUGUUUUUGUUGUAGAAGCGCAGUUGUAAGCCAAAAACAUUCAGUUUAGUUAUAGUUGAUACGUCUUUACAAAAGAAUGUGUCCAUAAAUUGUCUAUAUUGUUCUUUCUAGAUAUAAUGAGAGCCUAUUUCAGAAAUUUGUUUUCUUUAACAAAUUUAAAAUCAUAUAUGGAUUAAUUUGUUAUGUAAAACAAUUAGUUAAUCAGCUGUAAAGCAGCCAUCACUUUGGUACAAUUCUUUUAAAAAGAGGGAAAUUAAAUUCAGUUGUUUAACAUCAA